AUGGCCGCCUCGGGCAACAAGAGCUCCGCUUGGAGCACCUUCAUCUCCAGCGCCAUCACGGGCGUGGAGUCCCGACUGGACAACAUGUUAGAGGGCGAGGAUGGGAACGAUCCACUCCAGGCCGACCCCAGCCCCCCCAAGAAGCAGCCGGCGAUGCAGGCGCCCAUGUCUGCGUCAGCGAAGGCGGCGGCGGCGACACCGGGUACGUGGAGGAGCGUCAAGACCGGGGAGGAGGACACUGCUGACAUGGCGAUAGCGAGGAGCUCUUCGAAUUCGAGGGUGAAUGACCGGUUACAAGCGCGCUUAGCAAAGGCCAUGGCUGCAAAGGGAGGGGAGAGUAAGGCGUCGCCGAGAAGUUCGUUCGACAGUCGUAGCUCCAUGGACCGCCCGUCGCUGGACGUGGUGAAUGGCGACAAGAAGGAGGACGGUCUCGCUACCAAGGUCGACGCAGGAAACAGCACAGAGGAGCACGAGGCUGCUGUCGAGGACGGCAAAGCGCCUGUAGACAACCCCGCGACGAGCGAGACGACGACAUCACCGCCUCCGCCUCCGCCUCCGCCAUCGACAGCGGCGGAGGCCAAAGCCGUGCCCGAAACUACGGAGGCUACGGCUGCUGAGGAAGCGACACCAUCACAGGCCGAAACGAAAGAACCCGCCGAGUCGAAACCCAGCGAGGCCAUCCCUACGAUCACACUCCCACGCGAGGAACUCUCCAGUCUCGCCAAGGACGUAAACAACAUGAAGAGUCAGCACCAGGAAGAGAUCCAGGAAUAUGUCGAGCGCAUAGACUCUCUUCAAGCCAAGGUCCUGUACCUCUCACGCACAGCAGCCGAGACGGCGAAGAAGACAGGCUCGAGUGCGCCGGCCAACAGUGCGGAGCGCAAAAUCGCCGAGAGGGACGAGAGGAUUGCGCUCCUCAUGGAAGAGGGCGGCAAAUUAUCCAAGACUGAGGGGCAAUUUCGGACAACCAUUAAAAGAUUGCGGCAACAGGUUGCGGAAAACGAGAAGCAAGCCGACGCUCUGAGGAAGGAGAAGGAGAAGGCGCUCAUGGAGACGGAGGCUCUGAAAAGUCGACUCGAUGGAGACGAGGAAAGGACCAAAAGGCAGGAAGAGGCGCGCAAGGCAACGGCUGCACUGCAAAAGGAGAUUGAUGCGCUGAAAAAGGAGGUGAGCGCAAAGGACGAGAGCAUGAAGAACCUGGAGCAGGAGCUUCGAGCCAAGUCGGAAAAGGCCGAGGCUGCCACCGUCGAAUCGCACAACAAAGCGCUCGCAGUCGAGCGAGAGAAGCAAAAGGCCCUCGAGGACACCAUCGCCACCCUCAAAGCUGAGUUGGAAGAGGCGGCCGACAAGGCGCGGCUCGAGAGCCUGGAAUGGCGCGAGAAGCUGGACCGAGCUACCGAGAGGAGUCACGCUACGGAGACCGAGAUGAAGAACGAGCUCAAGAUGAUGGAGAGCAAGCUCGAGGCUAUGCGCUCUGUUGCCGAAGAGGCGUCAUCCGGAUCGGGCGGCGAAGGGCAGAUCAAGCUCAUCCGACAGAUCGAGACCCUGCAAUCGCAAUAUGCUACCGCCAGUGACAACUGGCAGGGCAUUGAGGCAUCAUUGCUGGCCAAGGUGGCGAACCUGGAAAAGGAGAGGGACGAGGCUACGAGGCGCGAGUCGGAGAUGAGGAAGAAAGCGCGUGAAGCGGCUAGCAAGAACCGCCACUUGGAAGACGAGCUCCAAGACUUGCAGCCGGAUCUCGCCGCCGCAAAGGCAGAGCUCGAGACCGCGCGCGAACAGCUCGCAGCACUCAGAACAUCUUCCAAAGCGACCGAGACAGCCCUCGAGCAAGCCCGUGCUGAUCUCGAGAAGCAGCAGCGAGAAGUGGCUCGCGAGCUGCAGAGAGACAGCGAAAAAAGGCCGUGGCCAGAGGAGCCCCUCGGCAUUCGUAACAACCAGAGCCGGCCAGAGUCACCGUUGUUAUCCAUCUCGCGCACCUUUAGCUCGGACCUCGCCGGCUUCCAAAUACCGGGGCGGUCAAGGCGGACGCCAGUCGGCAGCAUCCCCGACAGCCCCCUGGACGGCCCUCGGAGGAUGUCGAGUCAACCGCCUGGCCGGGUCGCGAGCGGUCUCUCCAACGUGGGCUCUCCCCAGCCUCUGCCGACCCCCUUCUCGCCAUUCGAGGCACCCAGCGAGCCAACAAACAUGAGGUCUCCCUCGUUGGCAGGCCACGACGAUCCAGCCGAGAGCAAAGCCCCUUCGUCACCCCGGCACGUGGCGCAAGACAUGAUUUCAGUGUCCACCGUCGGUGCUGGUCCCUCCGUGCAGCUCGUCGAGCGGAUGAGUGCAGCCAUUCGGCGUCUCGAGGGGGAAAAGGUCGCCGCCAAGGAGGAGAUGGCGCGGAUCUGCGCACAGCGAGACGAGGCCCGCUCCGACAUGGUCGGUCUCAUGAAGGAGAUCGAGUCGGCCAAGGGGGCGGCGGACAAGGUCCAGGCACUCGAGAAGGAGUUGGCCGACAUCAACGGGCGGUACCAGACCACACUGGAGAUGCUGGGCGAGAAGAGUGAGUUGGUGGAGGAGCUACGGGCUGAUGUGCAGGACGUGAAAGCCAUGUACCGUGAACUGGUCGAGAGGACGGUGAAAUGA